CGACGCUCUGGGCCGGCGACUUCCGGGUGUCGGUGGGCAGAGGGACGGGGGCCCUCGAUGGCGCGGGCGCUCCGGGCCCGGCGGGAGGGCGGCGGGGCGGCGCUGCCCCGCUGAGCAGCCGCGGGCCCCGGCAUGGAGCCCGAGACGCUGGAGGCGCGCAUCAACAAAGCAACAAACCCCCUGAACAAGGACCUGGACUGGGAUGGUAUCAAUGCGUUCUGUGAGCAGCUCAAUAAGGAGCUGGAGGGUCCUCCACUUGCCACCCGACUUCUUGCCCACAAGAUCCAGUCUCCACAAGAAUGGGAAGCAAUCCAGGCCCUCACGGUGCUGGAGUCGUGCAUGAAAAGCUGUGGCAAACGCUUCCAUGACGAGGUGGGCAAGUUCCGCUUCCUCAAUGAGCUCAUCAAGGUGGUGUCACCCAAGUAUCUUGGCAGCCGGACACCAGAAAAAGUGAAGUCAAAGAUCCUGGAGCUGAUGUACAGCUGGACAUUAGGGCUGCCGCACGAGGUGAAGAUCUCAGAAGCCUACCAGAUGCUGAAGAAACAAGGAAUUGUGAAGUGUGACCCAAAACUACCUGAUGAUGCUCCUUUUCCACUGCCUCCUCCUCGGCCCAAGAACGUCAUCUUUGAUGAUGAAGAAAAAUCCAAGACACUGGCUCGGCUCUUGAAAAGUUCCCAUCCUGAGGACCUCCGGGCUGCUAACAAGCUCAUCAAGGAGAUGGUUCAGGAGGACCAGAAGCGCAUGGAGAAGAUCUCCAAGAGAGUGAAUGCCAUUGAGGAGGUGAACAACAAUGUGAAGCUGCUGACAGAGAUGGUGACAAACUACAGCAAGGGGGAGACAACAGAAAGCAACGAGGACCUAAUGAAGGAGCUGUAUCAGCGCUGUGAGCGCAUGAGGCCCAUGCUUUUCCGCCUUGCCAGUGACACAGAAGACAAUGAUGAAGCUCUGGCGGAGAUCCUGCAAGCCAAUGACAAUCUAACACAGGUGAUCAAUCUCUACAAGCAGCAUGUACGGGGAGAAGAGAUCAAUGGGGAAACAGUGGCUGGUCCCCUUCGAGGCAGCACCUCAGCACUUCUGGAUCUGUCUGGCCUAGAGCUUCCAGCAACAUGCCCUUCCUACCCAGCCUUGCCCACCAUUUCAGGUGGCUCAGCAGUCCCCGUGCCUGACCAGGCUGGCUCUGUCUCCUUGCUGGAUGAUGAGCUAAUGUCUUUGGGCCUGAAUGACCCAGCACCACAUGCUGCCCAGGCCAGUGACACCAGUGGCUGGAACAGCUUCCAGUCAUCAGAUAGCAAUGAGGUCGGUAUCACCCCUAUCACAGCAAUACCACCAGUCAAAGCAGAUGCUGGUGCAUCCUCCCCCAAACCUUCUCCUAGCAGCAGUGGCCUGGAUGACCUGGACCUCCUGGGCAAGACUCUGCUGCAGCAGUCUUUGCCUCCAGAGUCUCAACAAGUGCGAUGGGAGAAGCAGCAGCCACCCCCUCGGCUCACCUUGAGGGAUCUGCAGAACAGGAGCAGCUCUGCCACCACAGCCCACAAUCCCAGCACUCCACCUGUGCUCCAGAGUGUUUCCCCUAACCCCACGCUGCCCCUGACCUCAGAGCUGCCUGCCCCUGCUAUGCUUCCAAAAGCUGCCAGCACACCAGCAGGAAGUACUGCAGUCCCACCGCGGCCUCCUGCCACUGCGCUGCCCCAGGAGAUCUCGCUGGCCAACAUCACUGUGCCUCUGGAAUCAAUCAAACCCAGCAGCAUCCUCCCUGUGACAGUGUAUGAUCAACAUGGCUUCCGCGUCCUCUUCCACUUUGCUAAGGAUGCCCUGCCUGAGAGGCCUGAUGUGCUUGUGGUGGUGAUUUCUAUGCUCAGCACGGCCCCGCAGCCCAUCCGCAACAUUGUCUUUCAGUCUGCCGUCCCCAAGGUAAUGAAGGUGAAACUACAGCCUCCCUCAGGCACGGAGCUGCCAGCAUUCAAUCCCAUUGUCCACCCCAGUGCCAUCACCCAAGUCCUGCUGCUUGCUAACCCACAGAAGGAAAAAGUGAGGCUACGGUACAAGCUGACCUUCACCAUGGGAGAGCAAACCUACAAUGAAAUUGGGGACGUGGACCAGUUUCCCCCACCCGAGUCCUGGGGAAACCUCUAGAGCCACAUGUUGCAGGCACUACACUGCAGAUUCCUUGGGAAGCCAACCCUGCAGGGCUGGAGCAGCCUGAGGAGACGGGAGGGUGGGUGGGGGGCUGCUGCUCACGCUCUAUUCUCCAGGCAGUCGGGCAAGUGCCCAAGGGAGCGUACCUCGAGGAGGAGAGCAGAGAUGCCAGGAGAUGUUCAUCCCACAAGACUAGAAGCGGAAUGGAAAGCUUCAUGUGUGUGAACAGUUGCCUUCCCUGCUCUUCCGAAGAUUACACUCCCUCCCCAGUCUGUCCAGCUUCUCUUCUAACCCUGCUUUCCCGCUCUAGGUGCAGUGGGGAACAAGGACAGGGAGCUUUGACAGCCUCAGCCCAGGGCAAGGGCUAGCAAAGGAAGAUCAUUUUCCUUUUCUGCCCCCUCUGCACUUCCCAGCUUUUCAGCUACUUCGUGUUCUAUGGUGCUCCCUCUUGUCCCCCUUGUCCCCUCCUUGGAGCUGGGCCCCAGUGUUUCCCUAUCUGUUGAGAUCACACUGGAACUGGUAUAGAACAAGGCUGGACAGAGGCUAGGCAUCUCUCCAGCACCAGAGAGCAGGCAGCUGCCACUGUUUUGGGGGACAUGGGGGAGUGAUCAUCACAUCUCUGUUUUAGCUGCUUAGAGAGCUGCUGGUGGGAGGUGAGCCCCAGGGUGGGACCCUGGGGGCUGGGAAGGGCUUGCUCUGUGCCUUCCCAUCCCCUUUCAGCUGGAGUUGUGAACCCCCACAGCAGGGUGGCCCACACUCUUCCCAUAUUUUAUCUAUCAUAGGAACUCUAAGAAUGGGGGCCUGGAGAGGAGCACACUGUAGGGGUUGAGUCUCCCUGCAGCCUCCUAACAGAUGGGGAGAGGAAGCAGCACUUAGUCUUCCUCCACCUUGGUUGUACUGGAGAGCUUAGGGGGCCGGGGAGCUUUCUCAGCUCUUCAGUGUCUUCUCGCAGUGGGGUAGGUGAUGGGCUGGGAGCCAGGGAGAUGAAAGCCCAACCCAUCACCACUAAGCUCUGCACGGGGGGCGUAUGGGGGGGAGGGGGGUUCAGCUGUGCCUUGCUCACCUUUGCCCGCAGCUGAGGGCAGGCCUGGCUCCCUGUGGCGGGGAGGGGGCUCACUCCAGCCGCCUGAUCACUGUGACACAAGAGCGGGGAUCUGCAGGCACGGAGGAGACUGGGGAAUGGCACAUCCCAAGCAAUCCUGAUUCCCCGUGGGACUUGAGACCAUGGGAGCUGCUUCCCAUCCCUAAGCUGGUUUUGAGAGGGCCUGAUCAUAAACAGGGGCAAGCUGUGCCCUGUAUCAGCUUGUCAGAGCCAGAAGGAGGCUUGUGUGGUGGAGACAAGUGGGGUGCCUCACACUCUUGGCUCGGGGCAGCAAAGGUGUCUCAAAGCUGGACAGCAAGCAGUAGAGGACAAGGGGAAGCAAGGUCUUUGUGCUGGGUUUCUGCUGUGUCUUACUUCCCUUUCUGGUCUGUUCAGGGUUUUGUAUGGGUUUUUUCCUUGCAGAUCUUGUUUGGUUCUUGAAUAGACUUGUAUAUAUUUUCAGUGCAGAAUUCUGUAAAUGGAAGAAACAAAACAUUUAAAAUUAGACGCCCGGCGCGAAGAAUCAGCUGUAUUUAUGGGAAAUAAAGAGUUCUUUCCUGA